AUGUAAAAACUACGUCACCAGCAGUUCGUCGGAUGAAAACAUUGUUAUGGAGCGAUGUGGAACACAAUCUAUAACCGAGAACGAAGGAGAUUAAGCGAUGCGCUUUCAGGGAGAAAUCAGGACGGGUAUCGAUCAACAUAUGUUGAACAAUACUCACACGUGACGAUGUGAACGGCUCUGCAUUGUCUGAUGGGGAUGCACGAAAAGGGGCCUCCGCAAUCGAGUGUCAGGUGAGGGAAGACGAUGAAGAGACUGAUGGCUAAUGCAGGACCAGUACAAACUACCCGUUUUAGUGGCAGGUUAUAAAGAGGCAAAAUGGCCGUUUUCUUGAGCCUGCUUUAUGAUGUCGCUUUAUGUCAACAUUAAAAUCUUUCUGGAUAUAUCUUCUAGUAGCCUAAACUAACUGGCUGCGCAGUCUGAUUUGUUUUUCAUCAUCGGACGGGUAAAAGCAAAUUCGCUGUUUGAAAGAUGUCAUUUACAAUGGAAGACACUUUGGAGUCGGGGUGGGUGGCCGUCAGACCUAAUGUUUUUGAUGAAAAAGAAAAGCACAAGUUCGUUUUCAUUGUCGCUUGGAAUGACGUGGAAGGGAAGUUUGCCAUCACAUGCCACAACAGAACGGUACAGCGAAGGAGCGUUGCCAGAGAAUCAUUCGUGGAGGAUACGGCCGUUCUCAAGCAGGAUGAUUCGCUCCUGCCAGGGAGAGACAAGGAGAGUAAACCCAAAACUUCUGAAAGUCCUGUCAAGGGAAAGAUUGAAAGUGACAGCCCAACAAAGAAAAUAGGAGGUCCAAUUAAGGCAGAACACUGCACAAACCUUUCAGUGCGCAGAAAAGAUUCAGGACAUUCGAGUCCAGGCAAAGGUGUCAACAAAGAAGCUGGAUUGCAGGGCAGAGGGCCAACUAGAGCAAUGGACAUUGAAGUCUUGGACCCCACUGUAAUCAAAGGGGAGAACCGCUCUCCUGAAGUUGAAUCCGCUGAUUCGGAAGACAUGGAGAGCGGUGUCAGAGAGCAUUGCAGCUGGGCUGGGCUCUUUUCUUUUCAGGACAUGCGGGCUGUCCAUCUGCAGCUGUGCUCGGUCAACUCGGACCUGGAGCCAUGUUUACCCCCCUUCCCUGAAGAACCGUUGGGAAUGUGGACGGUGUUGUUUGGACCUCCGGAGGUCACUGAGAAAGAGACUGACAUCCUGUGUUACCAGCUGCAGGUUUACCUGGGCCACGCACUUGACACUUGCGGGUGGAAGAUUCUAUCCCAAGUGCUUUUCACGGAGAGCGAUGACCCCGAGGAGUACUAUGAGAGUUUGAGUGAACUGCGACAAAAGGGGUACGAGGAGGUGUUACAAAGGGCCAAGAAACGACUUCAUGAGCUCCUGGAGAAGCACAAGGCGGUGGAGAGCAUGGUGGAGCUGCUGGAGCUGUACCAGGAGGAGGACGAGGCGUACGGGGAGCUGGCCGAGGCCACCACCCAGCUCUACCAGUACCUGCUGCAGCCCUUCAGGGACAUGAGGGAGCUGGCCAUGCUGCGCCGGCAGCAGAUCAAGAUCUCCAUGGAAACGGAUUACCUGGGCCCGCGCAGGAUCGAGGCCCUGCAGAGGGAGGACGCGGACUGGCAGAGGAAGGCCCAGGCGGCCGUGCUCAACAUCCAGGAACUCACCGUCAAGUACUUUGAGAUCACGGCGCGGGCUCAGAAAGUGGUCUACGAGCGCAUGCGCGCGGACCAGAAGAAGUUCGGCAAGGCGGCGUGGGCGGCGGCCGUGGAGCGCAUGGAGAAGCUGCAGUACUCCGUAUCCAAGGAGACGCUGCAGCUGAUGCGAGCCAAAGAGAUCUGCCUGGAGCAGAGGAAGCACGCGCUGCGGGAAGAGAUGCAGGGCCUGCAGGUCGGUGAGGAUGCAAUGGCGCGGCUGGACCAGCUGGAGGAGCUGUACUACGAGCUGCAGCUGCAGCUGUACGAGAUCCAGUUUGAGAUCCUGAAGUACGAGGAGCUCCUGCUGACGGCGCAGCUGGAGAGCAUCAAGAGGCAGGUGACAGAGAGGCAGGAUGAGGUGGUGUACUACGACACCUACGAGAGCAUGGACGCCAUGCAGGCCACCGCGGACGCGGCCGCCUCCGUGCUCCUGCGGCAGGAGGAGCUCAGCAAGCUGCAGCAGAGGGUGCGACAGCUGGAGGCCAGGAGGGGGCGCAUCACCGCAAAGAAAGCCUACCUCAGGAACAAGAAGGAAAUAUGUAUCUUCAAUCACAAUGAGAAGGUGCAGCAACGCCAAGGCAGCCAAGAGGACCAGAAAUCCCAUCAUGCCAUGCAACAGCAAAGGGAGCAGCAGGAAGAGGAGAAGAGGAGCACUCUGGUCAGCCAGGAGAGGCAAAAGACCCUGGACAGGCUGCGCAGCUUCAAACAGCGGUACCCUGGUCAGGUAGUGCUGAAGUCCACCAGGCUCCGGUUGGGAUACGCCCGAAGGAAAGGUGGCAGCGCCUCUGCCCCCGGCGUGGCCCUGGACCAGCCGCGGUCGCUGGAGGCGGGCACGCUGGCGGAGGAGUGCGGGGCGGCCCCUGCGUCACCGGAACGUUCCGCGGCUGGAAAACUCGAAAGCGCGUCCUUGCCUCCGGGGGGCGCCGCUGCUGCUCCUCCUCCUGCCUCCCUACCUCCAGAGAGAGACCUCUCAGCGCUCAGCCUUCCCGCGACGCCCUCGCCUCCGCCCCCGCCUCCUCCGCCUCCCCCGCCUCCGCCCCCCCCGUCCGGCCCGGAGGACGCCCCCGGGGAGGGGCCGAGGCUUCCAGGGAGCCCCGUCCGGCAGCUGAAGGUGGAGGGGGGCGAGGCGGGGGGCGAGGCCAUCCCCCUGGGCCCCUUCUCCGGCCGCUUCUUCGACAGCAGCCAGCUGGUGAACGCCCGGAAGAAGCUGAAGAAGACGGCGGCCCUGGAGGCCUCGCAGAGGAGGAGGGCGAGCUCCCCGAUGGACGAGGUGCUGGCCUCGCUCAAGCGGGGCAGCUUCCACCUGCGCAAGGCCGAGCUGCGGGUGCUGCGGCCCGACCCGGACCAGGACGACAGCGACAACAUCCUGGCGCAGAUCCGCAAGGGCGUCAAGCUGCGCAAGGUGCAGCAGCAGGGGCUGCGCGACGCCCCCGGCGGCCCGCGCGACUCGGCCGACCCGCUCACCCGCAGCAUCCACGAGGCGCUGCGCCGCAUCAAGGAGGCGUCGCCCGAGUCCGAGGACGAGGAGGACGCGCUGCCCUGCGCCGACUGGGAGAGCUAGGCCCCGCCCCCUCCCGCCCUCAGCCCCGCCCACUCCCCGCCC